AUGACCGAGGAUUCAAGAAAAAGAACUUUUUUGGGAUUCGAUUUUAGUACACAAAGGCUAAAAGCCAUAGUUAUUGGUGAAGACUUUGGUGUACUGCAUGAGGCUGAUGUGGAAUUUGAUGUGGACCUGCCCGAAUUUAGGACGGCCGGAGGUGUGGUACGUGGAACGGACCGAGGAGAGGUGAUCGCUCCUCCGUUACUAUGGGUAAAAGCAUUAGACAUGGUGAUGGACCGCCUCGUUGUGGCUGGAGUUGACUUCUCUAUAAUUGAAGCGGUGUCUGGAGCGGGACAGCAACAUGGCUCAGUGUGGUGGUCUAAAGAUGCGGAGUCAAAGCUUGGCAAACUGUCUCCAGAUGAGUUCCUACACACUCAGCUGGCAACGGCCUUUGUGUCUGAUUCUCCUGUGUGGAUGGAUUCCAGCACCACAGUAGACUGUAAGGAGCUGGAGGAGGCUAUAGGAGCUGAGGAGCUCGCAAAGAUCACGGGAUCUCGUGCAUACGAGAGGUUCACAGGUCCUCAGAUCCGUAAGAUGUUCAGGAAACGGCCGCGGGUGUACCAGGCGGCUGCCAGGAUCUCACUGGUAUCGUCCUUCGCUUGCUCGUUACUGGCCGGCAAGAUAGCUCCCAUAGACCUUUCUGAUGGCUCGGGCAUGAACCUCCUUGAUAUCAGAACUAUGCAGUGGGAUGAAAAGUGUUUACAGGCAUGUGGUGAUGAAUCUCUCUCUACUAAGUUGGGUGCCCCAGUGCCCAGUGCCACAGUGGUGGGCUCCAUCAGUCCCUACUUCGUGGGCCGCUACGCGUUCAAACCUGACUGCAAAGUAGUCGCCUUCACUGGGGAUAACUGUUCAGCUCUUGCAGGUCUCCGGCUCCGCUCCGGUUGGGUGGGUCUGUCCCUGGGUACGAGCGACACGCUGCUCCUGGGGCUGCAGGCCCCCGCGGCCCCGCCGGCCGGGCACGUGCUGGUGGGCCCCACUCCCGACGCCCCCUACAUGGCACUGUUGUGCUUCGCCAACGGGUCCCUGACCAGACAGAACCAUCGUGACAGAUUAGCUGGCACCAGCUGGGACGCCUUCAACGAACUGCUUCGAGCUACCGUUCGAGGAAAUAUGGGGUAUAUGGGUAUAUACUACGACACAGCGGAGAUAGUUCCCCGCGCGGGCGUGGGUCGCUGGCUGGUGGACGCGGCGGGGCGGGGACUCGACAGACCGGCGCCGCAGUUUGAGGCACGCGCGCUACUAGAGGGACAGGCACUCGCGCGCCGGGCGCAUGCCGAGGAUAUGGGCUUCAAACUAGACAAGUCUUCCCGCGUGAUAGCGACGGGCGGUGCGUCAGUCAACAAGGAGCUGCUGCAGAUAUUCGCUGACGUCUUCGACACACCCGUCUACGUGCAGGAUCAGCACGGUAACGCCGCGUUGCUAGGAGCAGCUAUCCGCGCCGCCGAGGUAUGGAGCAAGGAGACCGGCAUAGCUUUACCUGGUUCCGAGCUAAAAGUGUCACCAGUGGCGACCCCAUACCCAGAUCACGACAAGAUCUACACUCCAAUGCUAGCUCGCUACAGGCAGAUCAUUGAAACCAUCCCCAAACUCGGAUAA